AUGGCACGGGCCUUUUCAUCAGCAGUGCCCGAGCCUCCCUGGAAGGUUCAGUUGAGGGUGACAGGUGAAGUCCCCGAGGGCUCUGCCAGGUACCCCAGUCUUGUGACCCUUGCCUUCCAGGAGUCACUCAAGAGGAGAAGCCUCCAGAGGUCCUUCAGGCAGCAGGAAGGAUGGGCCCGCCCCCUUGUUGUGCAGAUCCCACCUGCUGAGGAGACCUGGGCCCCACUCCUCCACACCUGCUGGAGGGUCCAGGAGUCACAGGCCCACCUGCAGAAGGGGACCAGUCUCCUCAACUGUGGAACUGGAUGCCCCAGAGGGCCAAGGUUCACACUAACCCUGUUGGCACCCUGGGACCACAUGAGGAUACUGCUGUGGCUUCUUAUUUUCCCUGCUUGGGAUUUUGGGGCUUGGGGGGAUUCCCCACUGUUCUCCUGGAAUGAAACCCAAGCCAGAGGAUUAUCAGAGGGUCUUCUAGACUUUUUUGUUGGCAUCUCUCAGCUCAUUCACAAGGGUCAAAAUGAAGCUCCCACCAUUGUCUCCCGCAAGGAGUGGGGAGCGAGAUCACAGACCUGCAGGGCCCAGCUGACACAACCUGUGGCCUAUGUCAUCAUGAACCAGCUCACAGGGAUGGAGUGCCAGGAGCAGGAUGUUUGCAGCCAGAGGCUUCGGGGCUUUCAGUCCCAUUCUGUCUACACCAAAGGCUGGUGCGACGUGGUCUACAACUUCCUGAUUGGGGACGAUGGCAGGGUGUAUGAAGGUGUCGGCUGGGGUGUCCAAGGCAUGCAUACCCAGGGCUACAACAACAUCUCCCUGGGAAUUGCCUUCUUUGGCAAUAAGAUAGGAAGCAGUAUAAGCCCUGCCGCCUUAUCAGCUGCAGAGGACCUGAUAUCCUAUGCCAUCCAGAAGGGUCAUCUGUCACCCAGGUAUAUUCAGCUACUCAUCUUGAAUGAAGAGGUCUGUCUGGUCCCUCAAAAGCCAGUGAUGCCUAGGAAAGCUUGCCCCAACAUCAUUUCACGGUCAGUAUGGGAAGCCAGAGAGACACACUGCCCUAAAAUGAGCCUCCCAGCGAAAUAUGUCAUCAUCAUCCACACCGCUGGUACAACCUGCAAUGUAUCCAUGGAUUGCCAUAUUCGUGUCCGAGAUACACAAUCCUUUCACAUGGACACACAGCACUUCUGUGACAUUGGAUAUCACUUCCUGGUGGGACAGGAUGGUGGUGUGUAUGAAGGAGUUGGCUGGCAUAUCCAAGGCUCUCACACCUAUGGAUACAAUGAUAUUGCCUUAGGAAUUGCCUUCAUAGGCAACUUUGUAGAAAAGCCGCCCAAUGCUGCAGCCCUGGAGGCAGCCCAGAACCUGAUCCAGUGUGCAGUGGACAAGGGGUAUUUAACUCCCAACUACCUGUUGGUGGGGCACAGUGACAUUGUCAAUACACUGUCUCCUGGGAAAGCUUUGUACAACAUCAUUAAGACUUGGCCUCAUUUCAAACACUGA